GAAGAAAAUUCUAAUCGCUUGAAGGAGGAGGAAGAUAAACGCAAGGAAGUAGCUGCCACUUUCACGGAAAAACUCAACAGUCUCACCCAACUGAUGGACGAAAAUAAAGACAAGUCUUUGCGUCUGCGAGAAGAGAAUAUGAAAUUAACCUCAAAGCUCACAGAACUUUAUGAUCAGUUUCAAGAACGUGAAACUCAUUUAUCAAACAUGAAUCGUCAAAUGGAACUCCAGAAGAAGCUGUCUGAUACUCAGCUGAAAAAACUAGACGUGGAGUUUGAAACAGAAAGAGAAAUUUGGCAGAAAGAACGCACUAUUCUGUUGUCAAAUUUGGAGAAAAGUGAGGAGACCAACAAGUUGCUCCAAGAAAAUGUUAAUACAUUGCAGUUCCAUAUUGAUGUCUACCAGAAGCAGUAUUCAGAAUUUGAAAUUACCAUGAAAAAAAGCAAUAAGGUUUUUGAUUCUUUCAAAGAUGAAAUGACCAAAAUGCAGAAAGCAAAUGCUACAUUAGAGAAAGAUCGAAAUGAAUGGCACCAGAGAUGGAAGGCUGCUACUCAAUCUGCAUUGAAUUUAACCGAACUGCACCAGGAAUGCUCUUCAGAUCUUGAAACUGCUCAGCGCAAAAUAAAAAUGCUGGAAAAGUUGUGCCGAAAGUUGCAAGUGGAACGUUCAGCUUACUUGUGUCAGCUAAAAGAUAACAACAUUGUCCCGGUCACACCUCCUCCGCAUUUCGAAGAGGAAGCAGGUGCUAUUCAUGAAGUUAGCUCGGAGAAGGAGAAGCUUCUUGAGGAGCCCCAACCUACUGCUCAAAAAAAGGACAAUAUGGGGCCAAAAAAGAAAGUACUAGAGGUUAGUACAAUGCAGAUCUAUACUAUGAUCUGUACUAUGAUUAUAUGUCUGCUCCUUCAUUCAUCAGUACUGAAGUACGAAAUCGUUGUAGAAAGUUUACGACUACAGCUUGGUGCAAGUAGUGCGACCAAAAGUCCCUUUCAAGCCCUCGCCACUUCUCCUACUGCCCAUCGCACCCUGACCAAACCCCACAGGUUUGCUGUUACGACCUACUGCCUGGAGCAAGUGCAGCGACCUCAAAACUACCAUUAG